AUGUUAAAUACUAUGGAACCAUUUACAUCAGGUGAAUCGAGUCAGUUCAGAUCACGGGAUGUCGUGGCGAAUCAAAACUCCACCACCAUCAUGAAUUCUCGCGUAUUCGUCGCUCUCCUCCUGUGCGGCUUCUGGGCCUCCUCCGAGUCUUUGCUCCUCUUGGGAACCACCGCCGCAGUCGGGACCAUCGCCGCUACCACUGUCACUGCUUCUGCAGCGGCAGCUUUGGGCGUGGGCGCCCUUGCGGUACUCAAGGGAGUUCUUAUCGGGAAGCAUCUGAAGCGCCGUUACAGGAGGGACGUCGAUUCCAUGGAAGAGGACGUUGCAACGGAAAUUGCUGUGGCACAGAAGAUGGACUCUGCUGGUUGCGUGGCUAAGCUCUUGUGCGAAAUCGAGGCCAUGUCCGCUGACCAGCUCACGCCAGCCAUGUCCACCUUCAAGACCGCCUUCGAGAACAACCAAAACCUCGAGGGCUCCCGAGGCGUCUACGACUUGGCCAUCACCUUCGGCUCCAAGUUCGCCAAGAAAGACGCCAAGGCCUGCAGCACCCUCUUCGACAAGUGCGUCCUCUCCAGAGAGGAUCUCUCCUUCAUGCUGGAUUCCACCUUCUCAUGCUAGUCAUGAGCAUCACCUUAGACUAAGCACCUCACAAUCACAUCACGCGCACACACUG